UUUCACUUUUAUCAUUGUGAUAUUCAUUUCUGAUCUUCCUUGUCUUUUUCCGAUGCUUUUCUUUUUCUCUUUCCCUGUCGCUUAUUCACUAUCCAUAAUUACAUCGUCUUUCUUAUUGUUGCCUCGUAACGGGCAAAAGAUUGAUAAGGAACGGAAUGUCUCUCAUCAACCAUCCUGACCGGACCAGGAGUCAAGUUCUGACGUACGGUGUCUCAUAAACAUUGACCUCUUUGUUCUUCGUUCAGUUCCUCAUCUUUCGCAUAUACAACACUGAAGGACCUUUGUCUCUUCACCAACCAAACCACAAGCAUGUCCUGCUCCAUGGCAACCAUCCAACUCGACCCCGGCCACACAUCCUGCAUCGGCGGCCGAACAGUCCUCACAUGCCGCCACUGCGCAGGGAACGCACCGAGAGGAGCCAUCUGUAACAGCUGCAGCGGACGCGGUUUCAACAUCUUCAUCUGCGCGCAUUGCAACCCCGCCGGAGCAGCCGCCGCUGCCGUCCGAACCGUGGGAGGGGCGUUCCAGACAUCCACCCCCGAGUCGUCGACGCCUACCUCUCCGGCUUCGCUCAGCAGGAGCUCGUCGACGUCUGUGUCGUCGCAGAAUGACCUGCGGCAGACGCAGCCUUGGAGACGGUUUGGGGAUGGCGAUGAUGGGCCUGGUGGGGGGAGGAUUGGUGCUAAUGCGAAUACUCCGAGGGGGUUAUAGAUGAUUUUU